AUGGCAUUGGUUCAGAAGUACGGCAAGAUGGAUUUGUUUAUAACCAUGACGUGUAAUCCUAAUUGGGAGGAGAUCCGGAGAAAACUAAAAGAAGGGAAACAGGCACAUGACAGGCCAGAUCUGACGACAAGAGUGUUCCAUUCUAAAUUUGAAGAGCUGAAGGCUGAUCUGUUCACUAAAGGGGUUCUUGGAAAAGUUGUUGCAUAUAUUCAUGUUAUUGAAUUUCAGAAGAGAGGUCUUCCACACGCACACAUUCUUAUCAUCCUGCAUGAGAAAGACAAACUACGUACUCCAGAUGACUAUGAUAGGGUUGUUCGAGCAGAAAUACCAGAUGAUAAAGUUGAACCAGAGUUGUAUGCUUCUGUCCUCAAACAUAUGAUACAUGUUCCAUGUGCUUUGUCUGCUGAUUGUGUCUGUAAGAAGGAUGGUAAGUGUAAGAAACGUUUUCCAAAGAAGUUUGCAGCAGAAACUCUAGAAGGCCAAGAUUUGUAUCCAGUCUAUAGAAGGCGCGACGAUGGUAGAGAAAUUACACUCGCCAAUGGAAAAGUUAUGAAUAACAGCUGGUUUGUUCCGUAUAAUUCGUGGCUUUUAAAGAAGUAUGAUUAUCAUAUCAAUGUGGAAAUAUGUUCAAGUGUGCAGUCCGUCAAGUAUCUGUACAAGUAUGUUUGGAAAGGGGUUGAUCGGGUUUCUAUGGAAGUUUCAAACGAGAAAGAGGCGGAAUAUGAGAUCAAACAGUUUGUAGAUGCUCGAUGGAUUUGCCCGCAAGAAGAUCUCUGGUGGAUAUACAAGUAUCAAAAGAAUAAGAUUUAUCCUCUUGUCCUUUCGUUACAAGUACAUUUAAAGGAUCGACAGAAGAUUCUACUUCCCGAAGGAAGUACUGUGAGAGAUGUGAUGCGAAGAGAAAAGGCCUCCCAUACUCAACUGACUGAGUUUUUUAAGAAGAACCAAGAAGAUGAGUUUGCAAGGACUCUUCUCUACAAACAAUUUCCCGAACACUACAUGUGGGAUAAGCCACUAAAGCAAUGGAAAAGACGGCAACGCGACAACAAAGUCAUCAGUAGAGUUAACAUUUUUUCUACCCGUAGCGAAAAUUAUCAUUUGAGACUUAUUUUGAAAAAUAUUAGAGGGACAACUUCUUUCGAGAACUUGCUAAAGGUAGGAGAUAAUAUGUUUUCGACGUAUAAAGAAGCAACGCAACAUUUAUGUUUGUUAGAAAGUGACACUCCCAUCCGUGACACACUUCUUGAAGACGUACAAGUAGAUAUGCCUUGGUCUUUAAGGAGGCUUUUCUGCAUGUUGUUAGACCUUUGCAACCCCACUGGAGUUCGUGAAUUUUGGGAUGAAUUUUUCCCGUACAUGAUUGAAGAUCAUUGUCGGUUCAACACGGAAACAUGGGCAAUCAAUCUGCUUUUACGGGAAGUAAGGGUAGUGAAUUACGUCAUGAUAGGAGAGAAAUCUAUAUUCUUCAUUGAUGGUCCGGGAGGUUCAGGAAAAACGUUUCUCUAUAGGGCGAUAUUGGAUAAGUUACGAAGUGAAAGGCGUAUUGCAAUUGCAACUGCAACAUCAGGUAUUGCCGCAACCAUGAUACCAGGAGGAAUGACGACCCAUUCUAGAUUUAAGAUACCCGUACCAGCAUACGCAACUUCUACAUGUAACAUAGGCGCAGAAGAUCCUUCGGCAGAUUUCAUUCGAAAAGUUGAUUUGAUUACUUGGGACGAAGCAACGAUGGCAAACCGAUAUGCAUUUGAAGCUCUGGAUACAACGUUAAGGGAUUUUACUAAAGUUGAUUUGCCAUUUGGAGGGAAAAUUUUACUUUUAGGUGGGGAUUUCCGUCAAGUGUUGCAUGUGGUUGAGCAUGGGACACGGGCACAAACAAUUAGUGCAUGCUUAAUUAACGCAAAAUUCGGGAAGGAUGUUAAGGUGAUUCGUUCAAUAGAGAACAUGCGUUCAAGGUUAGACCCUAGCUUCUUAGAAUUCUUGCUACGGAUUGGUGAUGGGACUGAGCCAUAUGUCGUCGAUGACAUGGUGAAACUUCCAGAUGACAUUGUAAUGAAGUGGGAAGGUGAGCAAUCUGUUGAGAAAUUAAUUGAUGAGGUUUUUCCAGAGCUCGAAAAGAAUGCAAGUGAUAAAAGUUACAUGAGUCAGAGGGCCUUGAUAACACCAAAGAAUGAUAUCGUUGAAAAGCUCAACCAGAAAGUUAUCAACAUCUUUCCAGGAGAUGAGAUAGUUUAUCAUUCUUUUGACAUGGCUAAAGAUGACCCUAACAAUUUGUGGACCGAAGAUUUUCUCAACACUAUUUCUCCAGGUGGAUUUCCUCCUCACAGGCUUAUACUCAAGAUAGGUGCUCCGAUAAUUCUUUUGAGGAAUCUUGAUCCCAGUUAUGGUCUUUGCAGCGACACAAGGUUACUAUGCAGAGGUUUGUAUAGAAACUUCAUUGAUGCGGAGAUCGUUACCGGUAGUUGUUCAGGGCUCAGAGUCUUGAUUCCACGGAUACCCAUGGAACCUCCCAAAGAGCACUUAUGUGCUUAUCAGAUACUCUCAUUCAAAUUCGUCCGCAAGCAAUUUCCAGUUCGUGCGGGUUUUGCACUUACAAUAAACAAGGCACAAGGGCAGACAAUACCACAUGUUGGUAUUUAUCUACCAGAACCGGUGUUUAGUCACGGACAGUUAUACGUUGCUUUGUCUAGGGGAGUUUCAAGAACUACAACAAAAGUGUUAGUUAAGAAUGGAGUUCUUCCGGAUGUCUCUGGAACAUGUACUAAAAAUGUUGUAUUCCAAGAUGUUCUCAGAUCGUCAGAUAUUGUUGAGUGA